AACCGGUUCUCGACUGAGUCUUUCGUAACCUAUAGAAGCAGAAGACUAAGUUUUAGGGAAGCAUUAGUACUUGUAAUUCGUCUGAAUCAACGAAGAAAAAAUCGAAAUUUCGAAAUGGAUGACGACAAUGAUCAGGAACAUUUAAUAGAAGAUGAUUAUUACACAUUCCUGAAUAUCCCAAGAAAUGCUACACAGGAAGAGAUCAAUUAUGCUUAUCGUAGGCAGAGCAAACUUUAUCAUCCUGACAAACAUGUCGAUCCUGUACUCAAAAAGGAAGCAGAAAUUUUAUUUAAUCGCACUAAAGCAGCAUAUAAAGUUUUAAGUAAUCCCCAUCAAAGAGCUAUUUAUGAUUCAGUGGGUAUUAGAGGAUUACAAACUGAAGGUUGGGAGAUAGUAGAGCGUACUAAAACACCUCAAGAAAUUAGAGAAGAAUAUGAAUAUCUUGCAAAAGAAGCAGAGGAAAGAAAAUUAUUAAGGCUUACAAAUCCCACUACUAGUAUCACAAUGAAUAUCAAUGCUACAGAUCUUUUUAAUAGAUAUGACAAAGAUUAUGAAGAUAGCAGGGACAUACUUUCAUGCAUAGAAGUCAGUGGAAUGUCUUUCACACAAUCCAUUGAAGCACCUCUUACUUUGCAAGACAUUAUAACAAUGUAUGGUCAAUUAAGUACAAGAAAUGGUAUAGGUUCUGGUUCCAUACAUAUAGCUGCAAAACGAUUACUUUCAUCGAAAGGUUGGAUAGAAUUGGAAGUUGGUGCUGGAAAUGGACCAACAAUAUCAUUUAAAGGUUUCCGUUUACUACCUCAUAAAUUGAUGUUUAAUGGAGCAACAGUACUUGAGUUCACUCCAGUCGAAAUUAAGGCUAGUCUUGUAGGCACACUUACAAUGCAAUUAGACACACAUACAAUAGGAGAGCUUACAUACAAUGCAGGUUCAGAAAGUUCUAUGAGUACUGGCAUUGUUAGAGAUACAGAUAGAUCUUAUACAUCAUUUUCCAUACAUCUUGGUAUCAUACGGUCAUUUAUUAGUUUUAAUUACGUAUAUAAAAUGCAUGAGAAAGAGAUGAAACUACGCGGAAGUGUAAAAGCUGGUACAUUUGGAUUAGUUGUAGAAUAUGGCGCGGAAAAAAAAAUUUCGCGACACACUAGACUAUCUGCAACAGUAUCUGCUGGAGUACCAACAGGAGUCAUGUUAAAACUUAAAUUGAACCGUUCCUUUCAAACUUAUGCAUUUCCUAUUCAUCUUAGUGAUGAAGUUCUUCCAGCCACUGUGUUCUAUGCUACUGUAGUUCCAAUAAUGACAUGGGUCAUAUUGAAAAAAAUUGUGAUAGAUCCCAUGGUAAAAAAACGAGAAGAGCGUGAAAAGGAGAAAGAAAAGGAAGUAAAUAAAACGAGAAUGAUGGAAAAGCAGAAAGAAGCAGAGAGUGCAACUAAAUUAAUGAAAGCCACUGUGAGUAGGAUAAGAGCUACGGAAGAAUCAAAGAAGGGCUUAAUUAUCUCAAAAGCUUUAUAUGGAAGAUUUGUUUAUCCUCAACAAGAUCAGUAUAAUUCAGAUCAACGACCCAUACAUAGAGAUGAAGUAAUAGAUGUAACUAUUCCUUUACAAUGUUUAGUAAAGGAUUCAAAGUUAAUUCUUUAUGAUGCAUCUAAGAGCGAACUUCCAGGAUUUUAUGAUCCAUGUGUAGGAGAAGAGAAACAAUUAUUAAUACAAUAUCUAUUUCGUAAUCAAACACAUGAAUGCAUAGUAAAAGAUAAUGCACCAGUCAGAAUACCAUUACCAUCACAUAGAGUAAAUACAACAUGACGCAUGCGCUAUCAUAAAAAAUUAAAAUAAAGUCACAGUGGUUCAUGGUAAUAGUCUGUACUGCUUCACUGAAUUCUUUCGAUCAUUUUUAGAUUAAACUUCUACAGAUAUUUUGUUGAAGAAAUUGAGUGUUCAUUAAUCAUUUGAUGAUAAUUUUAUUUUCCCUGAUGUAAUCAUUUGCAUGAAGUCCCAUGUAAAAAACACAGUGAAAGAAUCAGAAUAUUGUCUUCAUAAAUACUGCCUAUGAAAUAGAAACAAAUUGCAUUAGAUAAGACGACUAAAUUGUCGUUAUAUAAAAAAUCAAAGGAGAGCAAACUUAUUAUGCCUUUGUACAAUUAUAAUAGACAUAUUUUUCAUAUUAUCUACUAUUCACAUUAUCUUGAAGAUUAAUAAUUAUUUGAAGAAUCGUUUGUUGAUAAAACUGUACAUCUAAUAUGCAAUUCAUUAAUAUAUAAAAUAUUUUUGUUGCAUAAAGUGCAAAAUGUAUAUAGAAUUAUAUACAUUAUUUUUUAGAAUUCGUAUAUUUUAUUUGUUAAUAAUAAUAGUAUCAUAUGAAUUACUAUGAAAAGUGUAAUUGAUAAAUUAUACGAAAUCGUGUUUUAGAUCACUCAUAUAUAAUUUCUUCCUAUAAUUGUCUAAUUCGAAAAAAAUAAAAAAUAUAAUUUAAAUUUUAGUUGAA